CGAAGCCGCACUCAAUCCUUCGUCCGUACCAUAUACUCAAGCAGGCUAACUGGCUUGCAUCACCCAAACAUCCAAAGACACAACGACGCAGAUACAAAGAAGCACAAGAAACCUCUUCGACGGUGAUGAUCGAGUCGAGUCAGCUGCUGACCUUCACUCGGGUGCUCCUCUUCGCAAACACCAGCUGAGAUCCCAACCAGUAUAGUAUUAACGCGAUAGGUGAUUCGAUAGAGCUAUAGCUUUCGCCAUACACUAGCUAGCAAGGGACAAUGACAAGAUCUUUUCCCACAACCGUUGCGACCACUGUGGCCCUUACUGUGGGUACCACCAUUGUCCUGCAUAGUCUGUUCGUUCGAAGUAGGAGAAAGCGAUCCCGCUGUCCUCCCUUUCCUCCACUCUCAACUACUAACGAUACUGAAGACGACCCACUCAAGCGAGGAUUGAAAAAGCGAGAUCUUCCCUCGCACGCCGAUGUCAUUAUCGUGGGAUCGGGACCUUCGGGUCUGGCCACGGCAUCGUUGUUGGCCCAAAAGGGCUACCGCGUGUUGGUACUGGAACAACACGAUCGAGCCGGAGGAGGAUUGCAUUCCUUUGUCGAACAGGGAGUCUACGAAUUUGAUACCGGAUUUCAUUAUUCCGGAGAAUUGGCGCCCACGGAAGCGCUCUAUAAAAUUGUACAGUACAUUACGGGUGGAAAAUGCACGUGGUCCGCAAUUUCCGAAUGUCCCGUGCAACCGGGCAUUUACGAUCAAGUACAUUUCCUGAAUGAGGAUUAUUCCAGUUCCAGUCCAAACAACAGCAACAAUAAACCCUUUGAUGUUCCCGUAGGAAACGACCAAUGGAAGCAAGCACUCAAAACCGCAUUUCCAGAAGAAGAGCGAGCAAUCGACACGUACUUUGCCAACAUGGAUGCCUAUAUGAAAACUGGAUUGCCCUAUUCUAUAUGGAGAUCCUUUCCACAGCACAGUUGGUUGGCUUGGAUUACCAAACCAUUUCUGGCAGCACCGUGUCUCCCCUAUCACACCAGUCGGGCAUCCGACAAACUCGAUGCAUUGACAAACAAUGAACGGCUCAAGGCAGUCCUGGGAUAUCUCUCGUUGGGGUGCUGUGCCGUUUGUCCCGAUGAACUCACCACGGCCGUAUUGUUGGGAUUGCACGUGCACUUUCGCAAUGGAGCUUUUUAUCCCGUCCACGGGUCCAAAUCCGUGGCAGCCGCCAUGGUACACACCAUUGAACAACACGGAGGGCGUGUCUUGGUCCGGGCGGGUGUAGAUCGAAUAUUGGUGGACAACAAUAACAAUCGAAAAGUCACGGGGGUGCAGUUGGUCAAGGAAGGAUUGAUCGUCCAAGCUCCCGUGGUGAUAUCGUCCAUUGGAUUGCGCGAAACCGUGCAGGGACUCUUGCGAACACCAGACGAUCCGGGACCCGCGGCUAUCAAUUCUGGAUUCUCCGGCCAAAAGGCGCCAACCACAAUCGUCGACCCAUUAUCGCCCGAACGACGCGAACAGCUGGGUCGUCUCUUGGAAGAACUGCCGUACGGCAAGGGACACAUUUACGGAUUCGUGGGCAUUCGAUACGAUCCAACCAAGGAAUCGUCGUCUCUCCAUAUACCCAAACGCAAUUGUUGGUUCUUGCCAUCGUAUGCGCUUCGCCAAAGUGCCGAUGCCUUUUCCAAACAAGAUCACACAACACAACAACCUUUUGGCUAUGUCGGUCUGGCAUUCCCAUCGCUCAAGGAUCCAGCCUACAAGGACCGCUACGGGGAUGGCAUUGUGACGGCUGCGUUUGUUGCGGGAGAUGUGCCCUGGGAAUGGUUCCAACAAUGGAAGGAUACCCGUGUCCACAAACGGGGAGACGACUACAAUCAACUCAAGCAGAGCUUUGAAAAACGGCUAUUGGACUUGCUGUAUCUCAAAUACCCGCAGGUCCAAGGAAAAGUACAAUACAUUGACUUGGGUACUCCCGUUGAUACAAGGACCUAUCUGGGUCGGUUGACGGGAGCCAGCUAUGGGAUUCCACCUACUAUCGCCAAGGCCAAGGCGGACGCCACUUGGUUGAGACCCAAAGUAGAUCUUCUGCCGGACGGAAUGUAUUUGGUCGGACAGGAUGUGACGGUGGACGGAUUUGCACCGGCCGUGUUGAGCGGUUUGAUGUGUGUGGCUGCCAUGGAUGGUGCCUCGGCAUGGCUAGAUGUGAUACCCAUGUUGGGUGGGUGGAUUGAGACUGCCAAGAUUCUGUGAUGAUAGUAUUGUAGGACAUACAGGUGAAGUUGUUGGAAGUGAAAGCAGGAUGUUGAUAGAUACGCUUGGACAAGCCUCUUCCAUUCGGUACCGUUAAUUAAGUGGGCUAUGCCAGGAGUAGUUCUCCCACAUUUGUUUCCUCAGGACUCGGGAUGGCCCGUACGCACGGGAUGCGGUUGAGGGGUUGGGGAGGAUGCCUCCGGUGUUCUCCUGGCUGGGAGCUGGUCCAAGUGCCAUUAUUGGAGUGGUGCUAGGUGGCGUUGGCCUUCUUGCGGGUGCGGCCAAGUGUUGCUCCCAACGUAGUCCAAGCUUGCUUGUGCAGACCAAAGACGGUGUUUGUUCUCCACCGUAGAUAACUUCCCUACUCUAAAACCCUUUGUGGAUGCAGGAACCUGCUCAAAACCCCUGCAACCUGAAGCUACCCA